AUGUCAGAUAAUAAGCUCAUCGGACCGAUACCCAGACAACUCGGAUACAUUCCAUCUCAGAUUGGAAACUUGGAUUCAUUACAGUAUAAAUUGGAUCUCAGUCAAAAUGAGCUUGCAGGGGAGAUACCAUCCGAUCUUGGAAAAUUAAACAAAUUGGUAGAGCUAAAUCUAUCUCACAACAAGCUUUCGGGUUCAGUUCCGAACUCUUUUAGUGAAAUGCUUAGCUUGACCGUUGUUGAUAUUUCGUAUAACGAAUUAAGCGGUCCUAUUCCAAACAUCAAGGCUUUUACGGAUGCUUCAAUUGAUGCAUUGAGGAGCAAUCGAGGUUUAUGUGGUAAUCACUCUGGUGGUCUGAGACCAUGUAAUUCCUCGGUUACGAAUGCAAUACAGGAGGCCAACUCUGACAAACUUGCAGGCGUAAAAAUUCUAGUUCCAUUGUUCGGUUUAUUGUUCAUUUUUUUUGUAGUUCUUGCUUUUCUUUUUCGGUUCCGAAAAAGAUUAGGUAGAAAUGUUGAACAUCAAGAUGAAUCUAAAGCUACGAAUACUGGGAUAAAUCUAUUCUCGAUAUGGAAUUAUGAUGGGAAACUAGUGUUUGAAGAUAUACUUGAUGCAACAGAGAAUUUUGAUACCAAAUAUUGCAUUGGGACGGGAGGGUAUGGGAGUGUUUACAAGGCAGAGUUAUCGACAGGUCAGGUUGUUGCUGUGAAGAAACUUCACUUGUCAGGUGAAGAUUCUGAAAUAGUCGAUCUCAAGGCAUUCGAAAGCGAAGUGCAGGCCUUGACAGAAACUCGUCACCGGAACAUCGUGAAACUCUUUGGUUACUGUUCUAAUCUAGAACGAGGAAUUUCAUUCUUGGUGUACGAGUUUAUAGAAAGGGGAAGCUUGAAAAAUAUUUUAUUUGACGGAGAACGAGCAGCGGAGUUUGAUUGGGCAAAGAGAAUAAAAUUCAUAAAGGGAAUGGCUGAUGCACUUUCUUACAUGCACCAUGACUGCACACCAGCCAUAGUUCACAGGGACGUAACCAGCAACAAUGUUUUGUUGGAUUCAGAUUACGACGCACAUAUCUCUGAUUUCG